CCAGACCUUCUCGCGCCGGCCGCGACAAGUGGCGCCCGAACAGGGACCCGAGACAGAGGGAAAGAAGAAGUGUUUAUGUUACAGGAUGAGGAAGCGCCACGCUGGGUUCCAGCCAAAUUUGUUAGAGAUAUCAAAACUGAGAAGGAAGAUGAGUCGGCUGAACUUAUGCCCUCCUCGGAGGAAGAGGACUCCUAAAACAGAUUUGCCAUCAUGGGGACAAAUAAAGAAGUUAACCUCACGAGCCACAAGUUUGAUAAGAAGAUUGAUUUCAACACAAAGUUAUUCCUGGUGCAACAACCUCCAUAUUGGAUGAUCCCUGUUGACGUGAGAGGACCUUGGUACGCGAACUUUGGUAUGCAGUUAGCUCAAGAAUUGGUGAAAAAGCUAAGAAGAACUCGAAGAUUUCUUGGACUUUUAAUUGCAGGGAUAGUGGCUACUAUUGCUCUUAUUGCCUCUGCUACUGUAUCUGUUGUAUCUUUGCAUGAAAAUGCUCAGACCGCUGAACAUGUAAAUGAACUUGCUAGAAAUGUAACUAUUGCUCUUGAUGCUCAAAAGAGAAUUGAUGAAAAAAUUGAAGCGCAGAUUGAAGCUUUAAAAGAAGCCGUUUUAUAUCUUGGUGAUCAAUUUGUUGUAUUAAAAACUAUAACCCAAUUGACUUGCCAUGAUGCUUAUAAACAUAUUUGUGUUACCCCACUGCCUUUUAAUGGAUCAUGGGAAAAUGUACGUAUGCAUUUACAAGGGGUUUGGAAUCAUGCUAAUAUUAGUCUGGAUCUCUUAAAAUUACAACAAGAAAUAGACGCCAUUAGUCAAAGUAUGUUACAUUAUGAAGACCCCGGCGAUUUAGCCGGUGAGAUCUUAAAUCAGUUAAAUGGCUUUAAUCCCUUCAAUUCACUGAAAUAUUCCUUUUGGAUAUUUUUGGCAUUAAUAAUCGGGUUAAUUCUGAUGUAUGUAAUGUUUGCCUGCUCUUGCAAAAAAUUCAAUAAUCAAUUAAAUUCCUCUAAGGCACAACUUCACUUGCUGCAUUUGAAAAAUAUAGGGGGAGAUGUUGGGAGCGGUCCCGCGGUGCGAGGCAAGGUUCCAGGUUGAGCAAAGGCUCCUUGUCAUACCUGGCCAACCCGCUGGGACUGCACCUAAUUCUUCCUCCUUAUGGAAGUAAAAGUACAUAUUUGCUUCUCCUUUAAAAUGUCAUCGAGACAAGUUCCCAUAAAGUAAGCAAGGAGGUGGCCUGACACAUGACCGCCUUGGCAGUCAUUACUUAAUAAACAAACCUCACUGUUUAGUCUAAAUGUGGCAUUCCUGCUCUAUUGCUUAAACAAGUAGC